AUGUCUCAAGCUGGGCAGACAAAUGGAACUCAACCAUUAAGCAAAACAUGGGAACUCAGUUUAUAUGAAUUACAACGAACACCUCAGGAGGCAAUAACAGAUGGCUUGGAAAUUGUGGUAUCACCUAGAAGUCUACACAGUGAAUUAAUGUGCCCAAUUUGUUUGGAUAUGUUGAAGAACACAAUGACUACAAAGGAGUGUUUCCAUCGUUUUUGUGCAGAUUGUAUUAUCAGAGCCCUUAGAAGUGGCAACAAAGAAUGUCCUACUUGUCAGAAAAAGUUAGUUUCCAAAAGAUCACUAAGGCCAGACCCAAACUUUGAUGCACUUAUCAGCAAAAUUUAUCCAAGUCGUGAUGAGUAUGAAGCUCAUCAAGAGAGAGUAUUAGCCAGGAUCAACAAGCACAAUAAUCAGCAGGCACUCAGUCACAGCAUUAAGGAAGGACUGAAGAUACAGGCCAUGAACAGAUUACAGCGAGGUAAGAAACAACAGAUUGAAAAUGGCAGUGGAGCAGAAGAUAAUGGUGACAGUUCACACUGUAGUAAUGCAUCCACACAUAGCAAUCAGAAAGCAGGCCCUAGUAACAAACGGACCAAAACGUCUGAUGAUUCUGGGCUUGAACUUGAUAAUAACAAUGCAACAGUGGCAAUUGAUCCAGUAAUGGUUGGUGCUAGUGAAAUUGAAUUAGUAUUCAGGCCUCAUCCCACACUUAUGGAGAAAGAUGACAGUGCACAGACAAGAUAUAUAAAGACUUCAGGUAAUGCCACUGUUGAUCACUUAUCCAAGUAUCUGGCUGUGAGGUUAGCUUUAGAAGAACUUCGAAGCAAGGAAGAAUCAAAUCAGAUGACUCUUGAUACAGCCAGUGAGAAGCAGUAUACCAUUUAUAUAGCAACAGCAAGUGGCCAGUUCACUGUAUUAAAUGGCUCUUUUUCUUUGAAAUUGGUCAGUGAGAAGUACUGGAAAGUAAAUAAACCCAUGGAACUUAAUUAUGCGCCCAUCAAGGAGCACAAAUGAGCUUUUAAAAACCAAUUCUGAGACUGAACUUUUUUAUAGCCUGUUUCUUUAAUAUUAAAGAUGUACCAUCAUUACUUUUAUGGACAGAUCUUGGAUAUGUUGUUCAAUUUUUCUUUCUGAGCCAGACUCGUUUACACUUUUAGAAUCAUUUCCCCUUAAUUUAAGAUUGACUUUUUGGAAGGGACUAUAGUCAUUCAGUAAUUUUGCUUUCCUUUGAAG